AUGAAAACGGUGACUCCGGAAUUGCGGGAGGAUUCUGAAGCCCGUAACCUACUGAUGUCGCAUUCCAAGCUAACCCCGAAAUCUACAAAACGAAUCAUGAAGGGUAAAGAGUUGAAGAAGCACUUGAGAAUAACACAACUUUAUGGAAAGAGACCCAAGGCGAAGAAAUACAGUGAGAAAGAAUUGGAUCUUCCUAUAUUGAAUGAGACUGUUAAUCCAGGUGCUAUCAAAAGGAAGGGUAAAAAAGGUAAGAAAUUUAUUCCAGAUGGAGAUGAUGUGACGAUGAAUAGAUUAAUCAGACAGGUGAAUGAUGACAAGGACAAAGUUUCGGAAUCAAAGUUAGAAAAAUCCAAAAGACUUGAAGAGAUAAGGGAACUCAGGAAGAAGGAGAUUGAUAGGAAAGAUCAAAGAAAGAAGGAUGAAUUGGAGGUUGUUAAAGAUGAGCUCAGAUCCAAGGCUUCGCUGGCUCGUUCAGUUAGAAGAAAAAAUGCUAAAUUGAAGAGACAAGGUGACGAGAGUGUUGCCAACGACGAUGACGAGAAGAAUAAGAAGAAGAAGGUUUCAUUUGCAUGA